AUGCCUCCCCGCCAACAAGAACCAGGAACAAGCUCUCAGUCAAGAGACACAAACCGCCAAUUAUCUGUGAAUGUAUCACCCGAUGCGCAGUUGAUAAGGGACCAUAUUCCUCAUUUCGCAAGCUUGAUUGACAAGAAACAUCAGAAGAAUCAAGCAGGUACUGGCGAAGACCUUUUGCAAAAUUUGUGGAGAACAGCGGCCGCAUAUCAGAAAGAGUUUUGGACCAAGAGGAAAUGUCUACUAAAGACAAAGCCUAUCAAGAUAUCCAAAAGGCCCGCGGAUACAACACUUCCAGAUCCUAUUUAUUGCGCAAAGCAAGUAGAAUUUCUUCGGUUUUGCGAAAUGCGCUAUGCGAAUCGACCUCUCGCUACACGCCACCAGGCAACUGGCGACAAGCUACUUGUGUUUUUGUAUGAAAAGGUAAUCAACCGUCAAGUUCGAAAGCCUGGUACAAAACAUAUCAAAGCACUAGGCAAUAGUGCUGAAGAAGAAGUUAGCGAAAUCAACAAAACUGACGCACUAUACAAAAAAUUGUCCUACAGCAUUUGCAAUGUAUACGUUUCAGCAACAAUGGAUCUUUGGAACUACCAGCGAUUAAUGGGUAGCAACAGCAACGAAUUUCCCAGGACCAAAGUUAUCACGCAGCUUCUGAAAGUAGUUCGAAUGAGAGAAGCAAAAAACAAUAGAGAAAACAAUGUCGAUCGUGCUACGUCCUCUAUGGCGAAUGGCUAUACAACCAAGGAAGAAGUAAUGACCAUUUCAAAGUGCAUUUACAGCAAUGGAGAGAAUUUUUACAAGUAUAGUUUUGGAAACGUGGUUGCAUUUUUGAUGUCUCACUAUCUGUUGCUUCGAGGAGAAUCUGUGAGAAAUAUCGAGUUUGCAGAUCUACAUUUUCAAGAAUUGGCAAAGGUGCAAUCCGAUGGCAGCUACCCAGCUAUGUUAAUGAUUUUUAAUCAAGGAAAGACAAAGAAAUUCAACAAGACCCAGACAGGCGCAUGUAUGCGUAACAAAUCAGUCGAGAUAUGCCCAUUUAUGGCGAUGAGCUUCCAUUUCUUUUGGAGGUGGCAUUGUGAGAAGGAGCCUUUCCCUGAUAUGAGCGCAAACGGAAACUGGUUUAAGCUUCGUGUAGUUUAUGGGGCUAGGCCCCAGUCAGCAAAAGUAGAAAAGAAGAAAGGAAAAGAGCCAGCCAGAGGUAAGCUUCAACUGAUUAUUUUGUAA